AUGCUCACCUCGCGCGGCGUCCACCGUCUGUCUCGCAGAGCGCUGAACAGCGCGAGGAAGACCAAUGCGCUCUUCUCCUCCGCUGCCGUUGCCCCCAUUCUUUCUCGCGCAGCCGCUGUUCCUUCUUCGUCACAUCGCGCGCAGGCUCGCCCCACUCGCGUCUCAGCACCGGCUGCUCGCACAUAUGCGACCGAGGCAACGGGCACGAUCGGUCAAGUAAAGACCGUCAUUGGUGCCGUUGUUGACGUCCAGUUCGACACGGAAAAUCUUCCCCCCAUUCUCAAUGCGCUUGAGGUCACUGACUUUCACGGUGGUCGUCUGGUCCUCGAGGUUGCUUCUCACCUUGGCGAGAACGCGGUUCGGACCAUUGCCAUGGACGGUACCGAGGGUCUUGUCCGUGGGCAGAAGGUAGUUGAUACCGGCGCUCCCAUCAAGAUCCCCGUCGGAACCGCGACGCUUGGCCGUAUCAUGAACGUCAUUGGUGAACCCAUUGACGAGCGGGGUCCCAUUAAAGGUGUUAAGCUUUCCCCCAUUCACGCCGAGCCGCCCCCGUUCGUGGACCAGUCUACCACUGCUGAAGUGCUGGAGACCGGUAUCAAGGUUGUCGACCUUCUUGCUCCGUAUGCUCGUGGUGGAAAGAUCGGUCUUUUCGGUGGUGCUGGUGUCGGCAAAACUGUAUUGAUCCAGGAACUGAUCAAUAACGUCGCCAAGGCGCACGGUGGUUUCUCUAUCUUCUGUGGUGUCGGCGAGCGUACCCGUGAGGGUAACGACUUGUACCACGAGAUGAUUGAGACCGGUGUCAUCAAUCUCGAGGGUGACUCCAAGGUCGCCCUGGUCUUUGGUCAGAUGAAUGAGCCUCCGGGCGCCCGUGCCCGUGUCGCCCUCACAGGUCUGACCAUUGCGGAGUACUUCCGUGAUGAGGAGGGUCAGGAUGUGUUGCUCUUCAUCGACAACAUCUUCCGUUUCACCCAAGCCGGUUCAGAGGUGUCUGCCUUGCUAGGUCGUAUCCCGUCUGCCGUCGGUUACCAGCCGACGCUUUCCACGGAUAUGGGUGGCAUGCAGGAGCGUAUCACUACCACUAAGAAGGGCUCGAUUACGUCCGUGCAGGCCGUCUACGUGCCUGCCGAUGAUUUGACAGAUCCUGCUCCUGCCACCACCUUCGCUCACUUGGAUGCCACGACUGUGCUGUCUCGUUCCAUUGCUGAACUUGGUAUUUACCCUGCGGUCGACCCUCUUGACUCCAAAUCUCGCAUGCUUGAUCCCCGUAUUGUCGGCCAGGAGCACUACCAGGUCGCGACCGCUGUCCAGAAGAUCCUUCAGGACUACAAGUCGCUGCAGGAUAUCAUUGCUAUCUUGGGUAUGGAUGAGUUAUCGGAAGAGGACAAGCUGACAGUUGAGCGUGCUCGUAAGAUCCAGCGUUUCAUGUCGCAGCCCUUCGCUGUUGCGCAAGUCUUCACUGGUUAUGAGGGUCGGUUGGUUCCCCUCAAGGACACGGUUCGGUCGUUUAAGGAGAUCCUUUCCGGUGCCCACGACAGUCUCCCUGAGUCCGCAUUUUACAUGGUUGGUACGAUCGAGGACGUGAAGACGAAAGCUGAACAGCUUGCGAAGGAGAUGGGUGAAUCAUCAUGA